CCUUUCUUAUCAGGUAAAUAAUACACACACACAAGUACACGAGUAUGAACUCAAUCAGGUCCCCAACAGUACUUGUAGUAAAUUGGAAACACACCUGACCAUUAAACCCUAACCUAUACACACAACCAUCUGUAUCUAUAUCCCCAUCCAUGGAUCCUCGCCGAGCUUCAUCACGCACGGUGAUAGAUCCCAAGGUUCGUCAAGUGGGGUUCUUCACACCAGGGGCCCCACCUGACCCGACACAGACAUCAACAACGUUAACAACAAUAACAUCAACAUCUCCACUCGUGUCUCCUUCUGGGAACUCUGUUUUGUGUCCUGUAAUGAUUCCACCGCCUUUGCACUUUUCGGACAGUAAUAGCAAGUGUGUAGUUGGUGGGGGUGAGUGUAUUGCUGUGGGGAGCAGCUAUAAUGCGUCGUCUCCGGCUACGGAGUUUUCGGGUUCUGGCGGGGAGUGUGUGGGGAAAGUUGGGGCGUCUUCGAUGCCGGCUGGGGGGUUUGAGAUUCCCCGGAAGCUUAUUAAGGGGAAUGCUGGUGUUGGUGCUAGUAGUCUGACCACUGUGUCGAUGCUCAGCGGUUCUAGUAAUUUGCUUGAAAAGGGUGGACUUUCUAUUGGAGCUCAAAUUGAAAGCUCUGCUGGUUUGAAGUCUUUGAAAGAAAAAAGUUCAAAGGCUGAAAGGCGUGCUGCCCAGGAGGCUGACCGAGCAGCAAAAGGUGCUGCGAAAUCAUUGAAAGGGACAACUUCAAAGGCUGAAAGGCGUGCUAUUCAGGAGGCUGAACGAGCAGCAAAAGCUGCUGCAAAAGCUGAAGGAAAAAAGGCACCUGUGUCUGCUGGGAUUGCAGCUCCAGGGAACGUGAAAGCCCCCAAAGCUGCUUUACAAAAGAAAGUCGGGCCUUCAGUUGCAGCAACUGAUAAAAGGUUAGGUGAUCGUGCACCAGAUAAAGAUAGGAAGAAAGAAGUCCCUCAUCCGCGCUUGCAGUUUGACGAUGAGAGCAGAGUGGAGAAGGCUAAAAAGCGUGCUGUGGUUAAACAAAGAGAAGCAAGGAAUAGAGUUGAAUUGUUUCGGCAUCUACCCCAGUAUGAACAUGGUACACGGCUUCCUGAUCUGGAGUCCAAAUUUUUCCACCUUGAUCCAGUUCACCCUGCUGUUUAUAAGGUUGGGAUAAGGUAUUUAGCCGGAGAUAUAUCUGGUGGCAAUGCUCGCUGCAUUGCAAUGCUUCAAGCAUUCCAAGAAUCAAUAAAAAGCUAUUCAACACCAGCUGAAAAAGCUCUUAACAGAGACUUAACUGCAAAAAUUAAUUGUUAUGUAUCAUUUUUAAUAGAGUGCAGACCCAUUUCGAUCAGCAUGGGUAACGCAAUUAAAUUUGUGAAAACCAGAAUUGCUAAUUUACCUUUGACUCUCUCGGAGACGGAAGCAAAAGCAACUCUUCUGUCAGAUAUUGAUCGCUUUAUAAAUGAGAAAAUAAUACUGGCUGAUCAGGUGAUAGUUAAUUAUGCUGUAACAAAAGUCAGGGAUGGAGAUGUUCUUUUAACAUAUGGAUCAUCAUCUGCUGUGGAAAUGAUACUCUUACAUGCACAUGAGCUUGGCAAACAUUUUCGUGUUGUAAUAGUAGAUUCACGUCCAAAACUUGAGGGAAGACUCUUACUUCGUAGGUUGGUGGGGAAGGGUCUCAACUGUACAUACACCCAUAUUAAUGCUGUUUCCUACAUCAUGCAUGAAGUUACUCGAGUUCUGUUGGGGGCAUCAUCCGUGUUAUCUAAUGGAACUGUUUACUCAAGGGUUGGGACUGCAUCUGUUGCUAUGGUUGCUCAUGCAUUUCGUGUUCCAGUACUAGUAUGUUGUGAAGCAUAUAAAUUUCAUGAAAGAGUUCAGCUGGAUUCAAUUUGCUCAAAUGAACUGGGUGAUCCUGAUGCCAUUUCGAAUGUUUAUGGUAGAGACGACCUCAAUUAUCUGAAGGAUUGGGCUAAUAGUGAUAAUCUACAACUUCUAAAUCUCAUUUAUGAUGCAACACCUUCAGAUUAUGUUUCAAUGAUCAUAACAGACUAUGGAAUGAUACCCCCAACAAGUGUUCCUGUAGUUGUUCGUGAAUACCGCAAAGAGAAUUUAUAUAUAUGAAGUGGUGGUUUGCGAGUCACUGGGAACAUGCCAAAUUUUGCAUUUAUACUGGAGAUCCAUCCUUUUAGCAACCAAGAAUAGACAAGAAGACACAUGUUUUCAUGUUAAUUACUUGUUUCCUUUUCUGAAGUUGCCUUUUUGAGCUUCUGAAUCCUCUUUUUACAAUCCAACUCCGUGAAGAGUGCGACUUCGUCUCUCCGGGCAUCCUUGGCCUUAUAGUUGUACACUUUUUGUUCUCUCGGUUGAUAGUGCCUUGUAACGUUGAGCAGUUUUUUUCGUUUUACUAUUAUGCGCUUUUGGUGGAGUGUUACAAUCUUGUUGCAGUGUUUUUGCUCCUACUUCCAUUAA